AUGUCUUACGCGGAUCCGUUUAGCGAUCCCCACUAUCAACAUGACUAUUAUGAUGGCACCGCUGCGAACCCCCGUCAUGUCGAAGCACCUAUCACUAACUAUGGGGAGGGAGACUCUGCAGAUGAUGAAUUCCUAGAGAAAGACUAUCAUCAAGUGGGCCUCAACGGCCAGGAAUACCCGCCCGAGCCAGUCUCGGCGACAUCAUUCGGGUUCCCGGCUCCGCAAGUGUUGACCGAUACCUCAGCCGGCGGAAAAGAAGCAUCCGCAAGACUCUACCGAACCCAAACUAGCGCUGAGGCGUGGGGCAAAAGGCAAAAGGUCAACCGCAAUCGAGCCAAAACUAUAAAGGUUAAAUUGUCGAAGGGAAAUUUUGUCCAUGAGUAUCCAGUGCCUACACCGAUCAAGCAUGCGAACCUCAUGGGCGGUCACAUCGGUAAAGAUAAUGAGUUUACUCACAUGAGAUACACAGCCGUCACAUGUGAUCCGGACGACUUUACUCGUGAAGCAGGAUGGUCUCUCCGACCUCAAAAGUACGGGCGAGACAUUGAAUUACUUGUGGCAAUUACCUACUACAAUGAAGAUAAGGUAUUAGUAGCCCGCACCCUUCAUGGAGUGAUGUUGAAUCUCAAGGAAAUAUGCAAGGCCCAUUGGAGCGAAUUUAAGAAAAUGGCGGAGAAAGGAGCGCCUGAGACUGGUGCCGGGGCCGCUUGGAAGAAGAUCGCCGUUGUUCUAGUGUUUGAUGGGAUCGAACCAGCCGAUAAAGCAACGUUGGACCUGUUGGCAACUUUAGGAGUUUACCAAGACGGAGUGAUGAAAAAGGAGGUUGAUGGAAAGGAAACUCAAGCUCAUGUGUUCGAGUAUACCACGAUGCUAUCGGUGACCCCUAAAUUGGAGCUCAUAAGCCCGCAGGAAAAUGAUGCGGAUAAUUUGGUUCCAGUUCAGAUGACGUUCGUCUUGAAACAAAAGAAUGCCAAGAAGAUUAAUUCACAUCGAUGGCUUUUCAAUGCGAUUUGCCCUCAUCUCGAACCUGAAGUUUGCAUCUUACUCGACGCUGGAACUAAGCCUGGGCCAAGGUCACUUUACUAUUUAUGGGAGGCCUUCUUUCACAAUCCCAAUUUAGGUGGCGCCUGCGGAGAGAUCCAUGCGAUGUUAUCGGGGGGUAAAAAGCUUUUGAAUCCGUUGGUGGCAGCCCAAAAUUUCGAAUACAAGAUGUCCAACAUUCUAGAUAAGCCGCUCGAAUCAUCGUUUGGGUAUGUCUCAGUACUUCCCGGUGCUUUCUCUGCCUAUCGUACACGAGCAAUUCGCGGGAGGCCGCUCCAGCAAUAUUUUCAUGGUGAUCAUUCCUUGGCCGCAAAACUUGGAGACAAAGGUGUUCAAGGAAUGGGAAUUUUCAAAAAAAACAUGUUUUUAGCCGAAGACCGAAUCUUGUGCUUCGAAUUAGUAGCCAAAGCCAAAGAUAAGUGGGUCCUGGGUUAUGUCAAGCCGGCUAAAGGAGAAACAGAUGUCCCAGAGUCAGCCGCGGAGCUUAUUGGGCAACGGAGACGAUGGCUCAACGGAUCAUUCGCUGCUGGUGUUUACGCUUUGGCUCAUUUCCCUAGGAUGUAUAAAACCUGGCACAACCCUAUUCGCUUGCUUUUCCUACACGUCCAAGCUAUCUACACAACAGUCGGGCUUAUCAUGAGUUGGUUUUCUCUGGCGAAUUGGUAUGUUACCUUCGCAGCAAUUAUUGAUCUGGUUCAUCAAUUCUGGCGAGAUCCAUACGCUGCUGGAGGAUUCCAAGCCAACCGCAAUACCACCGAUCCUUUCAAAACCCCUGGUGGCACAUCCGCUGAGAAAAUCGCAUGGGUAACUAUGGAAUGUUGGUCUGGUACCAUACUCGACAAUACGGCUCAUUUCAAUAACCCUGACUCGGUAGCAGAUAAAUACGACUGGCUAGGUCAACUGAAUUACGCACUGAAACUUGUUUAUCUGGCUUUGGUAUCCCUUCAAAUCAUUUUGGCACUAGGCAAUCGUCCGAAAGGAGAGAAAAAAGCGUAUUUAAUCAGCUUAUGCAUUUUCGCAUCGUUUGCUAUUUACUUGUUAACGAUGACAUUAUUUUUAACGGUCAAAGCUUUCUGUCCGAUUAAUAUUCAACUCGAUGAGGCAGAAGCUUCAGGGAGUAAUCAAGCUUCUGUUUUUAUGAGCACCAGUUAUGGUCCUAUUUUUGCUGGUCUGGCAGGCACGUUUGGUAUUUACAUCGUUUCAUCAAUCUUGUACAUGGACCCUUGGCAUCUAUUGCACUCCAUGAUUCCGUACUUGUUUAUUGCAGUUUCCUUUACGAAUAUUCUCAAUGUUUAUGCCUUUUGCAAUUUGCACGACGUUUCAUGGGGUACCAAAGGAUCCGAUAAAGCCGAAUCCCUUCCCUCGGUCUCCAGUACCACCACUGCUAAAGAUGACGGUGGGCGAGUGGUAGAAGACAUACGUAGAGAUCAAUCAGAGCUGGAUGCGGAUUUCAAAGAGACCGUGGCGCGUGCGAUGCAACCUUUAACAUCAGUAGAGGCUGUGGAAAAGCCCACGGCAGACGACCUUGACAAGACGUUUCGGACUCGCUUUAUUGCUAUUUGGCUGUUAGGAAAUGCCGGUAUAAUUAUUGGAAUCAUGCAAAGUAGCAUCGAUUUUCGGACUAAAUAUUUUCAGGCGCUGUUAUGGAUAACCUUUGGGCUAUCCUUGGUUCGGUUUUUGGGCUUUGGCUGGUAUUUAACCGGUGCAGGCAUAUUCAGAGUGGCCCGUUUGUGUGCCCGCCGCCGCUGA